UCUGAAACAGUAUAAAAGUGCUGUUGUUAUUGCUAUCUUUCAAGGCCUGGCUAUUACUACAUUAGGUUCUGGUUCCAGUUAUUUCAGCCUGACAUUUCCUGCCUCUGGCUAUAUUAGCACAAAGAGUUGAGGGGAAAACACUUAAAGGAGAACACAUGCAGCAAAAUUACCUACCUACCCACCUCUUUAACCCAGCAACUCUUCUUUAGGUUUUUUUUGAUAAGGUGAUAAGAUAAAGAUGGUUAGUGUAUUUGAGAAAUGAAAAGAUUAAUUCUAAAGCAGAACAGCUAUAACAAAUGUAGACAAGAUCAUGAAAGAUAAGGGCAUUAUAAUGAUAAGGGAGAAGUACCAUAUCUUAAAGCAAAGAUCUUUGUAAUGAUGUGCUCUGUAAAACCUGGACCUUUGGAAAAAAAAAAAAGUAAAAAAAAAGGGUAAGAUUCUUUUAGGAUAUAGAUUUGGAUGUAAUUAGUUCUGAACCAAAGAAAAGCUGAUUUGUUCUUCCUUGAAAUGAUAUUCAGAUUUUGAACAGGUGAUGCAAGUGGAAUCUACAUAAGAAAAAAGAUUAUGUUUGGCAAGAUUAAGGUGAAUUACUGCAAUUGUGUGAAUCACGUGGUCGUUAAGCAAAUCUAGCUUCCGCCGUUGACUUUGCUUGUUGGAAACUGGCUGGGAAGGUCGCAGGUGGCUAUCACAUGACCCCGGGACGCUGCGGCAGUUUUAUCCUUGCUGCACCUCAGGCUAGAGCACCUUCUCCAACUUGGCACUUUCCAAAUGGAUUGGCAUGCCUAACUCCAGGGAAUUCUGGGAGUAUAAUUGCCAGAGCUGACGAGAAUGUGCAAGAGACACAGCCAUAGCAAAGUGAAGUGCAAUGCAUGUAAUAAAGUGUGCAACACAAAAGGAAUAGUUUCAAUGAACUGACGGAAUUACAGAAUUUUCGAUUUGCCAUCCUCUUUGCAGACAGUGAUGGCGAACCUUUUAGAGACUGAGUGCCCAAACUGCAACCCAAAACUGACUUAUGCAUCGUCGAGUGCCAGGGCUCUGUUUACAUACGAGGGGAACAGCAAUGACCUCAGAGUGGCAGGGACUGGAGAUGGUGGUCUGGAGGAGAUGGUGGACGAGCUCAAUAGUGGGAAAGUAAUGUAUGCUUUCUGCCGAGUGAAAGACCCCAACUCUGGCUUGCCGAAAUAUGUGCUCAUUAACUGGUUUGGGGAAGGCGUUAACGACGUGAGAAAAGGAGCCUGUGCCAACCACGUCACUUCAGUGGUAAACUUUUUGAAGGGUGCUCAUGUGACAAUAAAUGCUCGGGCUGAUGAAGAUGUGGAACCAGAGACCAUUAUGGAGAAGGUGGCCAAAGCUUCAGGGGCAAACUAUAACUUCCAUAAAGAAGGGAGCAAGUUUCAGGAUGCAGGACCACAAGCUCCUGUGGGCUCCGUUUACCAGAAAACAAAUGCUAUGUCUGAGAUUAAAAGGGUCAGCAAAGAUAACUUUUGGGCCAAAGCAGAGAAAGACGAGGAAAAUCGCCGGCUGGAAGAAAAGAGGAGAGCGGAGGAAGAGCGUCAACGUUUGGAAAAGGAGAGUCGGGAUCGGGAACUGAAGGAAGCAACUUUACGGGAGCGAAGAUACAAGGAGCGAGCCCAGGAGAUUGAUGCUCAGAGGAAAUUCCAGCUACAACAGGAAGCCAACUCAAAAGAACAAGAAAAACAACAAUGGAAGGAGCAAGAAGAAAUUCGCAGCAAGAAAGGUUUCCCACGGAGGAGUGAUUCUGUGGAGAAAGCUCAGGAAGCAGCAUCACUAGUAGCUCAACGAUCAGUGAAUCCUCGUGAGAUCUUUAAACAGAAGGAGAGGUCCAUGUCUACAGAAGCAGCAGCCACCAUCAGCUCCCAGCCAGGCAAGUUACGGAGCCCUUUCCUCCAGGAGAGAAGUCAGGCGGAGAAUCCUGUCUCCCCUGUCCAACCAGCUGCACAGGAUGUUCCUUCUCCUCCUCCUCCUGUUGUUCGUUCGUCUGGUCACGACACACCUCCAGUUUUUCCUGUUCCCGAACUUGGUAAUUCUGUCAGGGAGGAGAACCACAAGGCAGGGGCUGCAAUCCAUGAACCAGAGGUAGAACAGGAGGCGGUGUAUGAGGAACCCCCAAACCAGCGUGUGAUCUACGAUGAGCCCCCUGAGCCUGAAGAUGCAAACUAUGAUUAUAGUGAUGCCUACCAAGAAAACCUUAACAUGGAAGGAAAGGGAAUAUGUGCCCGUGCUCUGUAUGAUUACCAGGCUGCUGACGACACAGAGAUCUCUUUCGACCCUGAGAACAUGAUUACAAACAUUGAGAUGAUUGACGAGGGCUGGUGGCGAGGUUACGGGCCCGAUGGUCACUUUGGGAUGUUUCCGGCCAACUACGUGGAACUUAUUGAAUAAGGGAUCCUCGCCCGGGGGGGCAGGGGACGAGUGCAAAUAAUGUCUGAAAGAGCAACUUUCCUCAAAACCACUUCUUGGAGAUGAAGCUGUGUAUGAUUUUUUUUUUGAAGGGGGGCGUUCCUUCAUACCCCCAUCGCUGGCAAAACCCUCUGCAUCUGCUUGGUGAAGCGGAUCCUUUUUCUGCUUUGUUCAUUUUUCCUUAACAGGCGUUUUCAGAUAGAGAUGGACCUCAUUUUGGGCGACACACAAUACUUCCGUUUGUUCAGAGAGAGAGAGAGAGAGAGAGGAAGUACCAUGUAGCGGGAAGAGCCCUGCACAAAAACCACUCUCAGCAGACAUACAUGGACCAUGGCAUUCUUGAAUAUCAACCCGUGCUCUUUUGAAGAAAGGGAAGCGAUGGUUCACAUGUCUGCAGAGCUUUUCAGUCUGCCAAUUGUAACUUUGCAAGACAGCACAAGAGAGCAGAAAUCGUUAAGAGAUGCCUACCUUAGUAUUAUCUUUGAUUGAGGCUGCAGCCCCACAACCCACUUACUCCAAAGUGCUGCUUUGGGGGGAAAUGGAUUGUUUCGAGCUGCUUUUGGAGGACAGCCUGUUUGGAAUUGCUCCAAGGGAAAAAGCUGAUUUUUACCCCUGCUUUCUGCAAGCUGCUUUUGUGCAGCUUCAUUCCAUUUCAGUGAAGCAAUUCUUUAGGGAAGAACUCUCCCCCACUUAUGUGCCAGCUGAUUGGGGAUGGAAGCUCCUGGAGCACUUGUAGAAACUCUUAAACUUGCAAUAAGACAAAAGGCUGUGUCAGUGGGUCUCAUGGCAGUGGAGGUUUAGAUUUCAACUCAAUCCCCAUAGCCGGGGGUAGGCAACCUUGGCUCUUUUAUGACUCGUGGACUUCCAACUCCCAGCUAUGCUGGCUCAGGAAUUCUGGGAGUUGAAGUCCACGAGUCAUAAAAGAGCCAAGGUUAUCUAUCCCUGCCCAUAGGUAAUGAGCCAGUUGGUCCAAAUCAAGGCCUAGCACUGAGCUGGUAGUAGGUGCACACAGUUUUAAAUAUUACGCUUGUGUGUCCGUGUGGUGAGGUUUGCUCGAUGGAACUGUGAUUUGUUCAGUUACCCUUUCUGGAAUGUAGGGGUGGGAGGACAGAAGUACAUUAAAUUUGGCGGAGGUAAAAUUGGAAUUCAUUUCUUCCUCUGCCUAUUUUGUGGGUGUUUUUUUAAAAAUACAGAAUAUAAAAAAAACAUUUGGCAGCUGAAUAUACAAGAAUGGUACAAAUUCUGAAACCGGAUAUUAAAUAUCAGGCCCACUCUUUCCCACCAACUUCUCUUUACAGUAUAGAGGUAUUAACCUCCAAAAGGCAGUGUUUAUGUUUGUUUCGUUGGCUCAAGAUAGUUUUAACGGGUUUCAGACUUUCAGCUCUACCCAGGCAGAUGAAAGAAUUUAUGAGUUGGAAGAGACCAUUCCAUUUAAACCCAUUCCAUGGUCACUGUAGGAAUCUAAUAGGUAGCCAUUUCACCCCUCUUUUAAAACCUGAAGUGAGAGCAAGGCCAUACUUCCCAUUGCUUAAUCAUCUUAUUUAUACGAUACGUAGAAUAAUUGAUUAUUGCAAUUGCUUUUCACAGCCUCAUGUUCAAAAUUCUCCUUUUUCCAGCCUUUUGCUAUGCCUGAAGAUUUAUGGUGGGGGUAAAAAAGCUAGUAGAUUGUGACAAAAUAACAAUGAAAAGGAAUUAAAAUGACAUAAUAAGCCUGUGAA